AUGGAGUGCGAUGGAGACGCGCGCGAAGAAAUCGACGACACCGCGGCCCCCGUUCGGUCUAACAGCAUGCAGAAGUUGAUCAUUCGAACGCUGCCAAAGGGAUGCAACCCGAUGCCGGCGGUGGACCGGCCGCCUUCGCGGGGUGGCCCGAUUGUCCCAACACAUGACAACGACAAUCCUUUCGACGACCUCACCGACGCAAAGCUACGACUCCUCAGCGGCAAGCAGGACCUGAGUCGAGUCACGUACCUCCAACUCACUGUUGACACACACAAACAGUCGGUCGAAGCGCUGGGAGUGCUCCUGCCGUCACUCACACAGCUUCGGCUACACGAGAGCGUGCUCCACAGCUUCCGUGACCUCGGGACGUCGCUCCACUCGCUCCAGGUGCUGUGGCUCAUGCGAAGCGGCGUCAAGGACCUCGACGGCAUCGGAGCCCUCACGGGACUUCGCGAACUCUACCUCCAGUUCAACGAAAUCUCGGACGUGAGCCCGCUUAGCAUGCACGACGCGCUUCACGUCGUCGGCAUGUGCGUGCAGCUGGCUUCGCUCAACUUGACCGACAACCCCGUCGCGAACAUUCCUCAGUACCGCCUCAUCGUGUGCAGCUACAUGCCGCAAUUGCAAACGCUAGACAGCACGUCCGUCACUGCCAGCGACCGCAUCGAGGUGACCCCUGCGAUGAUCGAUCAAGCCUUGAGUUAUGUGCAUCCCGCGGCGGCCGUCCUGCAGCGAUGCGACAGCGUCAAGCCAAAGACUUUGUUUGACUCGCCGAGCACGACGUCGAUUGAGCAGCUUUCGGCGGCGGCCGCGACGCCACGAGUGAAAGAUCACCACUCGAGCGAGUUGACGCACGGCACGGACGUUGUGUUUGCUGGAAACGUGACCAGCGCCCUUCGUCGCCGCAGCCACGAGCACUUCCACGUCGACGUUGACGACGUAGCGGCAUCCAACAACAUCCGUCCAGCGACGCCAGCGUCGUCGUUUCCCCCGCGGCCCUCGACUCCCCUCCAUCGAGAGUCCAUCACGGACACGCUAGACCGCGCGUCCGAGCUCGAUUUGACCUGCCGCCUCAGUUCCAAGUCCAGAGACUCGAUCUUGCACGAGCUCAAGGCUUGGAAACUCGAAAGCACGGUCGGCGGCACGGCAGACACCUUGCACGUCGGUGGCGCUACAUUCAAGGCCGACAUCCCAAGCACGACGUCCACCCGUCUGAGUGUCAAGGAAGCAUUUGUGGAAGUGUCGCCGACACUGCCGCCACCAUCUCGCAAAGAUCCGCGACAACGAUCGACUGGCAAGCAGCAGCAGCAUCAAGUCGACAUUCUCGUGCUGGACGACAUGCCCGAGGAAGUGUCGCCUACGCAGCGGCAAUGGAAUCUCGACUUGGCAUGCCUCUCGCCACGCAUUGGCAUCGUGCCCAAGCGACCAUCGCGGCAGUACAUGAUGCCCCACGACGCCGAGGACGAUGACAGCUCCAGUGACAGCGACGACAGGUGGGGGGACCUUCGCCCUUCCAACAUCUUGUCGGACUCACGCACGAUUCAGCCGACCCAAGAAGCCCAAGACGGGACUGUUUAA